GGUGUGCGCGGCCGCCUACCACGCGAAUCGCGAAUAUUAAGUAACGUUAGGUGUGUGCACGCGGCGUGUAUUUCCAGUCAUCGGCGUGACAGCAUCGCGGUCACCGGGGAGUGACCAUCGUCGGUUUCUCGGGCGUCCAGGCCUCUCCCAGGAAAUCGGCGACGACGGGACGACCUUUCGGGUGAUUUCGACGCGCCGAGGAGAGAAUCCACGAGGAGGAGCCGCCUCCACUUGUAACCCGGCGCGAGGUGACUCAUCGCGCUAAUUAUUGGAGAACGAUGCGGCGAUUCGAGGAGUGACGUGAUCCGCGGCCGCGGCCGCCGGACGACCGAUCGAUCGGAUCGAGGAGCGACGUCGUAGAUCGAGCCUCGUCGCUGCGGAUCGAAUCGCGCGGGAGUGGCGCGCGACUCGAGAAAGUUUUUUUCGCGAUCUCUGCCGCAACCACGGCAUUCCCGGAUAUUAUCUUGAUAUUAUUAUUUCGUUUUUCUUUUUAAUAAGCAAAGACGAUCAGCCAAACGAUCGUCUUUGGGAACAAGCGCGACGGACUCGCGCGCGGAAUCGUUCAGGGAGCUCUUGGAUCGAAAGCUCCUCUUCUUCCCGAUGGACAAUUGAGAUCUCGUCUCGGAGUCGAGGCGGUCGAGGGAAGAAAGCUCGCGAAAGAUCGGGGAUUGUCCGAUCCGUUGUCGAGUGUCAUGCGGACCAAAAAUACGCAAGCGGAGAGAUAAUUCCUGACGCGUCACCGCGUCACGUUUCCUGGAGUGUUUGAUACAAUAAAUACAGCGAGAAUGGUGCGGGCGACUCGCGCGAAUAAUGCAGGAGCGCUGACGAAGAUGAGGGAUGCGGUUCCGCAGAAAGGAAGUAAUAACGUAGCUACUCCCAAAUCCAAACCGUCCCUAGAGAUAUAUCGACCCCCAGGUGGGAGAGCGGAAGGAACCACGGCGAACGUCACCAAUCUUCGACUGAACGUGCACGCCAAGGAAUUCACGAUGAAGCAGAACGAUUCGCAUCCUUCUAAGUCUCGGACUAGCGCGUCGGAGCGCACGCCGUAUUAUUUGCAGCACAGCAAAUCGAGCGGUAAUGUCCACCGAUACCUCUACGCUCAGCAACAGGCACAGCUGCAGCAUCCUCUGCAGCAACAGCACCAGCUACCGUCCCGCCAUUCUCAGAGUGGACAUCAUUCGACGAAUUCCACGUUGCGUCAGCCCCAUCCUUUGGACACGUCCCCGUCCAGCGGAAAUAUUCUGCACGCCGCGAAUAGAGUACACUUCAACGUGGAUCAAAACGAAAUCAAGACUAAUUCCGUGAAACCGGGCAAGCUUACCAAAUCGCACACUUUUGUAUCGACUUACGGUUUGAAGCGGACGAAGAGCUUAAACUCGACAGACGUGUUAACUGCCAAGGCACUCAACAUCGCGGACGCUUCCGAACUCGGAAAGUUCCCCUCGCCUGUUCAAGAUAUACUUUUGCGAACGAUAGAAGAUCCGAACCUUUUAAACGCGAGGACGUUGAUGGAACUGGUACGGCACAUCUUGGACAGGGUAGUGGAGAAUCGUAAAUACGCCGAGCCGGCAGCAAAAAUUUGCAUCACGAUUAUAGAGAAGGAAACGAAGGAAACUUUUCUGGAAUCCUUGUUAAAUAUGUGCCAGCAGUGGUAUCAGGAUCGCGCUAGAUUACUGCACGACGGCACUACCUACCAUCGAUAUUCAGCCUUUAUGAUGUUUCUCAACGAGAUGUAUUGCCAGCUGAAGCGACGGCAGCUACAAUUAAAGACGCAGCAGGAGGGCGUUCCUCCCGGACGCGUGCUCCUCACGCUGCUUUGGAAAUGCUGCCAGGAUUGUCUGCAACCGCCGGUCAUCAAUUCACUCGCCGAGACGAACUGCCUGUUCUUCAUCCUCACGUGCAUCGGCAAGGAUCUGGACGCGGAGCUGCCGGUGCAGCUUCAGCACCUGCUCGGCAGCGUGCGUGACGCCUUCCUGGCGGAGGAAACGACGCUGCCGCCGGUCAAGAGGACGCUUCUGCAACUGAUCGAACUCCACGCCGCCCAUUGGCAGCUGCCGGCGCCUGCGGUGGUCUACUACUACCCCUCGAAUUCAAACUCCAAGUAACACCCCGCGACACCCGCCGCGGUUUCUCUUCUCGGAGUGAUUUCUAUUCGCGAGUGGAAAGCACGGGCGUAUCUCAAGCACCGGAACGAAAUGUCCUCUAACGAGCGCGCCUUAAAGCGCCAAUAAACGCCUUUCGACGCGACAAUAAACGCACGAACGAAAGUACGAUGAGUUAUA